AAUGCCAACGCCAGCGUGCUCUCGUCCGGCGGCACCAAGAUCCCCCGACUCAACAGCCUGUCGCAGUCGCGCCGCAAGCCAAUCUCCCUGCGCAAGGCCAUGGAGCUGGCCGAGGGCGAGGAGGAGGCGGCCAAGAUGAUGCUCGAGGCCGGCAUGGACGACCCCGUCGCCGUCGACGGCUCCCCCAGUCCGGCUCCGCGGCCCUGGAGGACGCGCACCGCCUUGGAGGUGUCGCAGCUGCAGCGCGAGCUCGGCGCCGACCAUCUCGACACAAAGGCCCGCAGCAAGAUUCCCUCGGCGCGCAACUCCAACCUCAGCGCGACGCUCGUCAGCGGCAGGGAAGGCGCCAUAUCGCCAGCCAGGGGCAGCAGCGGCCUCCCCUUGCGUGCCGGUGCCGGUCACGCUCACACGGGGGGGAACAGGGAGGGCACCGCUACUACCGCCACCACCGCCUCCAGCGGCCUUCCGUCGCUCGUCCCGGGCAUCGAGGACAUCCCGCUGCCGUCCGUCGAGCCUGCCCUGUCCGCAGCAACGCUCGUCCAGCCAUCGUCGCCCUCUCCUGGCAAGAGCUUCGUCUGGCAGAUGGACGAGGAUUUUACUGGAAGCGACUUGCAAAUCUCCGACAGUCCGCGCGUUAGAGUCGGGACUCGGCCGUUUGCCAGCCGCCUAGGAUUCACCCCCGACGCCAAGCAGGACUUUGACAAGCUGCCUCGAAUCACCGCCCCCGGCUCUCGCAACAGCAAGCUGGACGAGAUUCGAUCGCUCGAGCUCCGCGCAAACGGCAGCCACAUUCCCCUCGCAGGCGCCGGUCGACCGAAGCCGCAGAAUACAAAGCUAGACGAGAUCCUCAAGAGAGAAGCGCAGGUGGAGCGCCAGAUCCCGCUCGCCAGCAGACACCUGGACGGGCCGAGAAACAACACCAAGAUUGACGACAUCAAACAGCGCGAGGCCGACGGCAUGUCGAAGCGGGCGUACGCGGCUGUUCGCCUACAAGAGAUUAAAGAGCAAAACUCCAUGGCGCGCCCCCGCUCGCCGGACGAUGAGUCCAACCGUCGACCAACCUUUGGGCUGGCGCGGCGACGGCUGGCAAAGACCGAGGUGGCCGAGGAGGUGAAGAAGGAGGAAGCGCCGCCGCUGCUGCGUUCAAGAACGUCCUUUGGCGGCGGCCAGUUUGGCCGGCAGGUUGAAGAUACACCGAUGACAGACUACAAUCCGGGCCCAAAGCACGCAGGCGAACAGGAGAAGAAGGAAAGCAAUGCGGCAGCGGCAGCCGCAUCGUCGCGGACCCAGGAGCUGGAAAAGAGGCUCGAUAGCGCCGAGCAGCAGAUUGAGGCUCUGCUGGGCAACCGGCGGCCGUUGGAGCGGCGGCCCGACGAGCGAGAGCUGCUGCGCCGGCUGGCAAGGGCCGCCAGCUCCAGCCCGCCAUUCGAGGACGAGCCGCGGUCGAACCAGCUGCCCACGCCUCCGCCAGGCGAUGAGGAAAAGGAAAACAAGGAAUCCACCACCAAGUCCAUUGCCGACCGAAUCGCGUCUCGCCUGUUUCCGCGACGCGCCUCCACCGGCGAGAAGCCUGCCCCAACCACCUGGAACACUGCUACAAGUCCUGCCCCGACCACCUGGAACACCUCUACAAGUACGACCACUGCCUGGAACACCCUCGCGAAUACCGGCACCGCUCCCGACGCCAAGGAGCCCGAAAAAGCAAAGCCCAGCGUGGCAUUCACUGGCCUGCAGCGCACGCGAUCCGUCGAUUCAACUAAGAGCAAGCGGUCCAGCAUGCAGUCGGAGCCAGACCCCACGGCCAGGAUCGAGGCCGAGAUGAAGCUGUUUGCGCCGUCCGACAACCACUCCGAACGCGGCUCUCUGCGCGCGCCGUCUCCGCCUCUUGACGACUCGGACCUGGACGACCAGGCUCUCAGCAAGCAGCCAUCGUCGGAUGCAACACCAAAGCCCUCCAAGCCCGACCCGUUGACCAUGGGGACGCCCAAGGUCACCGGCGCCUACGUCGAGACGCCCGUGUCGGUCAAGACAGAAAAGCUGGUGCUGAAGCCGGAGCCCAAGACUGAAGAAGACGCCCCCAAGCAGGUCGAAACCAAGCCAGUCGAGUCAAAGUCGGCGCUGCUCUUCCGUGACAGGAAGCCCAGCUUCUCCUCGUGGAGGACCAAACAGAGGAACCAAGACCAGGAUACCCUCUCCGACCCCGGCACGACGGACGACGGCGGCGACAUUGGCGCGUCGGCGCUGGCAGCAGUCAAGAAGCCGCGGGCCAAGUCGCUGCCCCGACCCCGGCCACCCUUGAAGAACUCGGCCAGGCCUCCCUCGGUCAAGGACGACCUGAUGGAGCUGCGCCGCGAGUACAACAUUGACGACUCGACAUAUGACGACCUGGACGAGAUGCUGGCCAACGCAAGAAAGAUGGCCAAGCUCGCCGUCUCGGAAAGCGGCUCCGCUGCUCGUUCCAAGGGCACCGAUCUGGACCUCGAUCUGGACCUCGACUUCGACUUUGACUCAGAGUCUGACGUUCCCCCCGUGGUCAAGAGCGAGCGCGUCAAGGAGGCAGAACGAUCCAACUCCGACGGCGAGAUUGCCGCUUUCGAGAGGAUGAACAAGACGCUGCAGACGGGCCUCUUGCGGAUCCGCUCGGCCAAGCAGGGCAUCGAGCGCAUCGAGGACCGCUUCUCCCGC